ACCAAACGUAUUGUUUAGUUUACGAUUAUGAUUUCUGGAUUGCGUGAUAUAAUGCAGAAUCAGAAGCAAAUAUUAAAAAUGGUUUACUCAAGUUUGUGUUAACAUUUCUAGUACCAAAACAGGUACAACAGUACAAAACCGCAAAUCAUUCCUUUCCACUGUGUUUUUUACCGCUGGAGCGCUAAGUCGGGCCUUUAAAAAAUGGCGAGCACAAAACUGCAUAGCAGCCUGUUUCAUCCCACCCUUCGCAAGCUGCAGUGCCAGGGUGUAUCAAUCGAUACACAUAAUUUGAUGUAUCCAGUGUUUUUAGUAGAGGACGAUGAGGCAGUACAGAACAUUCCCAGCAUGCCGGGUGUAGCCCGUUACGGACUUAACAAACUACUGGCCCAUCUUGAACCGCUCGUUGGAAAGGGUCUCCAAUCGAUCCUACUCUUUGGAGUGAUCGAAAAAAUGCCCAAGGAUGCAACGGGAACGACCGCUGAUUGCUCCACCAAUCCGGUGAUUCGAGCAUUGCCGCAGCUUAAGGCAGCUUUCCCACAGUUGCUGAUUGCGUGCGACGUGUGCCUAUGUCCGUACACCGAUCACGGUCACUGCGGUGUGCUCACAUCAGAUGGUAUUAUCGACAACGAGCCGAGCAUCAAGCGUAUUGCGGAGAUUGCACUGGCCUAUGCUAGGGCAGGCGCAAACAUCGUGGCUCCGUCUGACAUGAUGGACAAUCGAAUUGCCGCCAUCAAGCAGAUGUUGCGGGACAACAAUCUGGAGAAUCGCUGCUCGGUUUUGUCAUACUCCGUGAAGUUUGCUUCGGGUUUCUAUGGACCGUUCCGCGAUGCUGCGAAAUCGGCACCGGCUUUUGGAGAUCGAAAAUGCUAUCAACUACCACCGGGUUCGAAAGGAAUUGCUAAACGAGCGGCGAAACGCGACGUUGAAGAAGGUGCUGAUAUGCUCAUGGUGAAACCUGGUAUGGCUUACUUGGAUAUCGUGAAACAAGUCAAAGACGACUAUCCAGAGAUGCCUUUAUUCAUUUAUCAGGUGUCUGGAGAAUAUUCGAUGCUGUUGAACGCCGCGGAAAUCGGUGCGUUUGAUUUAAAAACGGUGCUUUGGGAGGUACUCGUAGGCAUGCGUCGUGCCGGUGCUGACUGUAUAAUUACCUACUUUACGCCCGUUCUUCUUGAUUGGUUGAAAGAAUAAACUGAAACUGUAAAGUAACCACGUGGAAAAGUGGUACUGAGAGAAAUAAGGAGCACAACUAUUGUGGACAGAAGUAUAUGGGUAAGGUAAAUUAUGUUUC